AUGACCUUGACCAGCUUCUACUUCAAGCUUGAUCCCACCCAACGUUCACCAACUGUGUCGAUUCAACCCGAUCCGUUUUUCAACGUUCCUGAAGAACUAUGGUUGGAGAUCUUCUACUGCGCGACAGGCGCUACAUGCGUCGAUGAUGGCGUAGACUAUGUCCCAUUCGCUGCCAUCCCUCUUGAAGAACGGCGCGACAGUCCUCGCGUUGAACGGAGGUGUUUCGCCACCAAACGCAACUUGCUUCUUGUUUGCAAGGCGUGGAAUGCUCUUGCCACAGAGACUGUCUAUCGGACGAUACGAAUCUGCCGCGGGACCAAUACAUUAUUGGAUUCUCUCAACAUGGACACAUCCAGUGACAAACCUGGAGGUGGAAAUGGUCGUUUUGUUCGGAACGUUGAAAUCGGCUCAGGAACCCAGGACUUUGAUCCUUUCAAUCCAACCAUCGUCGCUCAGAUCCUAGCUCAUUGUCCUGGCAUGGUCUCGCUCACCCGGCCAUUCGCCUUUGAUGGCGUGAUCCUAGCUAUCUGCAAGGUACGGGUGGGCGAUGGUUCCCGACAAAGUUCCCAUAUGCAGGUCAUCCCUCAUUUCCCAACUCUAUCCGCUUUACGAAGGGUAGACUGGUGGCUUCCGAAGACCGCCGUUCCUUCCCGACACUCUGAUCUCUCGUCAACCGAGCUUUUUCGCGACCUUCUGGGAGACAUUAUCAAACAUGCUCCCAAUCUACAAUACCUUACAAUCGGCGGGCCAUCCCACUCAUAUAUAUCUGGAGAGCGCUACUCCUUUGCGCCCAUUCUUUCCCUUCACAAUCUGACUACGUUGAGACUUGAAUGCGAUGUGCAAUUUGACAACGGCCGCCUCUCAGCCACAACUUGGCAGCUCCCAAACCUCACACAUUUACUAGUUGGGGGCACGUAUUUUGUUGCAAUCCCCGUCAUCGAGGCAUGUGGCUCUCAUCUCAAGGUUCUCGAAAUCAUCCGAAAGUCAUCGCGGAGAAGAGGUACAUUAUUUACCCCUGCCAUCAUUCACCACUUGCUGUCCAGAGCUCCCAAUCUAGAGGAGCUCAACUUCCCACUCGAUGGCUUCGCUGAGGAUCGUCAGCCAGUACCACCCGCUUACCUUUCCACGUUGCAAACCAUUAGACUUUACCUUGGUAGUCGGUCGCCCACGUGGCUUUCUGAACCAAUGUUUGACUUCGUAAAGCUCCCACAUUGUCUUCCCAUGUUGAAGCACCUGGUCCUCUACAAUCACGAUCCGUGGCAAGAUAGCUUCCAACACCCAACCUUUUUGCUUUUUAAGCAAGCUUUAGAAGAGCGAUCCUGCAGCAUUGAAUUUGCUUAG